AUGUCAUGCAAUGCUGAAUCAGAAAUUGGAGCUGACCAAUGCUCAGAAUAUUCAGUACCAAGCACAAGAGCAAGCUUAGAAACAAAUGAGGACUGUGGGUGUUGGCAAUAUUCAGAAAACAUACCAUUAGUAUACCCACAAAACCCAGAAGAUUGCAUUGAGCUUUAUACUCCAAUAUCUUUGGAUAAGAUAAAUAAAAUUGAACAGCGAAACAAGAAGCUGAAGGACUUAAUAGAAAAUUUCGACCAAGAAAUUUUUGUAUAUAGCAGAGAUGAUUUUUCACUUCAGCAAGAGCCAAUAUUAUUGGGAAAUCCAUUUGAGUCCACAUUUCAUAGACGAAGAAGUGCAGUACUUAUGGAGAGGUUGGAUUCUUUAUAA